AUGAGAGCACUUAAAUAAAAUAACAAAAAGCCCAUAUAUAUCUAUAGGAAAUUGAAAUUGCUCUUUGUGAUUUGCAAUACUUUUGAUAGAUUGGUUGCCCCUAUAAUAAAUUGCACCCUUAUCUUCAAAGAUGAUUAAAAAGAAGCAAGAUCAGAUUAUUGUGUAGUUGAUGUCUUUGUCGCUAUAAUAAUCACAGCCAUCAUAUGGAAUUUUAUCGAGUAUUAUUUCUAUACCAUAGUCAAGGAUUUUGUGUUGAUACUUCAACGUUCUAAUAAUAGAUCUUAGCGUUAUUCAAAAGAUAAGUCCUUAAAGAAAGGCGACUCUAGUAAUUUGGCAAUUAUGUAUGAAGUUACAGGCAUGAGACCAGUAAUAAAAAGAAGAGGAUAACAAGUUAUUGAUGCAGAUAAAAUUGAAUAAGGACAUCUUAAAUCAAGUCAAGAGGCGUAGAGAAUAUAUGCAUUGCCUAUCCAAUAGAAUCGGAGUAAAAGUUCAUUCAUUAAUUUUUAAAUAGAUUUUUAAAUUUUAGGAUCAUCAUCUGGCCUAGUAGAAAUUGAUUUAAUAUAAUGA